UCUCACCAACCCCACAUCCAACUCCGAUCAAAUCUACCAUAAUUGUCUCACCAACCCAUUCUCUCUCUAAAGAGACGUAGAUCUUCACGCUCAAAGCCUCAAACCCACCCAUCUCUCAGUCUUGAACUCUCUCUCUCACACACACACAAAACACACACAAAGAAACGCAUUCGAUCGUAAAUGGGUGCUGACGGCAAGGUCUUUACAUUGUCGGAGGUCUCCGAGCACAACAAUGUCAUGGACUGUUGGCUUGUCAUCUCUGGCAAGGUGUAUGAUGUGACGAAGUUUUUGGAGGACCAUCCCGGUGGUGACGAGGUUUUGUUGUCUGCAACAGGAAAGGAUGCAACUGAUGAUUUUGAGGAUGUCGGCCACAGUACCAGUGCAAGAGCAAUGAUGGAUGAAUUCUAUGUGGGUGACAUUGAUACAUCAAGCAUUCCCACCAGAACCAAGUACAUUCCUCCCAAGCAGCCUCACUACAACCAGGACAAAACCCCCGAGUUCGUUGUCAAGCUACUUCAGUUCUUAGUUCCCCUGAUCAUAUUGGGUGUGGCCGUUGGCAUCCGUUUCUAUAGCAAAUCAGCUUAGGGGGUGGGGAAUGUACGAGGGCAUUGAAAUCCAAUCCAUAAUAAACUUAUAUUAGCGAUCAAGCGCCUUCAUUCUUGUUCUUAUUGCCCACGAAGACUUCCAAUUCUGGGGAUAUAUAUAGUAGGAUGUUUUGACUUCUAUAUAUAAUAUAUGAUAAUGAAUAUGUGCAUGUUUUCCCUAAUCAUUGAAUAUGGAGAUCUGCGUAUUGCUUCA